CCUAGUAGUACUGUACUACUGAUGCAUUGAUGGGCCGCAUUGUGCUCUACUCGUUUCCGAAAUUCUCCUGGAGAUAUUCAUGCAUACUUAUCAACAAAAAAAUUCUGUUCCCAUAUGCGUCGAUGUUGUCAUAUCGUUGGCGCGGAAAUCCUUUGCAGCGCUCAGUGCUAGCUAGGACAUGCAAACCUUUUCACGAGCCUGCGAAUUUGCUUUGGGCUGAGUUGAAUAGAACCACUGCUAGGCUACGUCACAAGGUUAUAUCCAAUCAUGUAUCGUAACAGUGGUACAAUGUACUUCCAAUUCGGAGGCGUCGAACCAUUACCUGAGUAUGAAGCCCGUCAAUUUCUGCAUCACGCCCUUCAUGUUCGCUCUUUGAGAAUAGUGUACAGCAAUCAUUUCCACCUUCUCUCAGUCCUCCCGAAUGAGACAUGCAUAUUCCCAAGAUUGCUGUCAUUAUCAACGGAUCAAGAUUUGAAUAGAUACCUGCAUCUCUUCCUGUCCCACACGCUGUGUCGUGGUGUCCUACCCGUCACUCAUACGGAUUUGAUAUCUGUUUCGGCCCGCUGUGCUGCCUUGGAGGAAUUGUCCAUCAAGUCCUCUUUCAGAAACAUAGCGGCAGAUGGGCAGGUGCUGUUCGACAGCAUCCGUUUGUGCAAGGGACUUGUGGCUCUGGUUUGUCCACCACUCGAUUGGACGACAUGGGAACACCUUUCUAACCUCCCUACACUUCGUACCCUGGAGAUCUGGGACGACCUUUGUCCGUUGGUCUGGUGUAAUCUCAAUAUCGCACCUUUCCUCGAUGUCACGAGAUUGUAUUUUCAUACAAGGACAGCCGCAUAUAUCGUCGCAGUCACGCAACACUUAGAAUUCUCUUCGCUCAAUCAAUUCGAGAUGGACGUCUCUCGUUUGCCUUGGGCAGAGGCUGAGCUGCUCUUUCAUGCACUGUCACGGUACUUUCACACAUUGCCAUCUCCUCUGAACGUGACAAUCCCUUAGUUUCACGCAGUUGCGAGCCCUGCGGUUCAAAUUUCUUUCUUGCUGCAUAAACCAUGACAACAACCUGCUUCUGGAACCAUGUCGUACUGGCCGCACAUUCGUACACUAGAAUUAAUGGACCAACAGGUGAUACCUACCGUUAUAUUCCGCAGGUUGUUCGCAGCACUCCGCAGAUGUUCCCGCUUGCACACGCGGGACAUACCACUGGACGCCGUCGAUAUCGAUAUCUAUCAUACAGCCGAGUCGUUCCUACACACCUCCCUACAACAUUUGAACCUGACUUCCUCUGACAUGUCGGAUGUUGAAGCCUGC